CGUUCCGCUCGCUCAGCCACUCGACCUGACGUGCUCGUGACUGGCACUCGGCGGACCAACGGUCAAUCCGAACUGAUUCCAAUAUGGCUCCGAAGAGCAGUGAGCCCAUUGACGUCCCGUCCUUUGCCGCCACCCAACUCGCCCUCCUCUCCCACGAGCUCCAGACUGAGAUCGCUGAGACCAGGAGCUUCAUCUCCUCUCACACGCCCACCAGCCUGCAGCGCGCGGGACUGGCCCUGACGAACCUCUCGGUUGCAUCGCAGCGCACCGGGCUCGGCGGCCGGACCGUUGUCCAGCUCGCCCCGGACGCGGCCACCAGCGGUGGCGGCGGCGGCGGAGGGGACCUCCCGGAGCAUGGCAUUCGCACGGGUGAUAUUGUGCUCGUGGCGGAGCAGCCGGCCGGCAGCGCCAAGAAGCGGGAGGUCAAGGAGCUGGAGAAGAAGGGCGUGCGCGGCGUCGUGGUCAAGGUGCAGAAGGGAGCGGUUGGCGUGGCGCUCGACGAGGGCAAGGACGAUGACGCUGGCGGCUUCUCCGGCCGCGUAUGGAUCGUGAAGCUGGCGGACGAGGUGACGUACCGGCGCAUGAACCAGACAAUGGAGAGGCUGCAGAAAAUGCCCGAGGCUGAGUACUCCAGCUUCAUCAUGGUCCUCUUCGGGCUCUCCAGCCCAUCACCCGUAGCCGCGGACCUGGCCAACCACGCCGACUUCAAAGAUCUUGCGUGGUUGGACCCGUCGCUAAAUGAUUCGCAAAAGGAUGCCAUACGCUUUGCUCUGGCCUCUCGAGAGGUGGCCCUGAUUCACGGACCCCCUGGUACGGGCAAGACUCACACACUGAUUGAGCUGAUCCUUCAAAUGGUCCAUCGUAAGCAGAGAAUCCUGGUCUGUGGCCCGUCCAACAUCUCGGUCGACAACAUCGUUGAGCGCCUUGCACCGCACAAGGUGCCCAUCGUGCGCCUUGGCCACCCCGCUCGGCUGUUGCCCUCAGUCUUGAGCCACUCACUAGACGUCCUGACGCAGACGUCCGAGGCCGGUGCCAUUGUCAAGGACGUUCGUGCGGAGUUGGACUCGAAGCAGGCAUCCAUCAAAAAGACCAAGAGUGGAAAGGAGAGGAGGCAGAUUUAUGCAGAUCUCAAAGAGUUGCGCAAGGAAUAUCGCGAGAGGGAACGGCGGUGCGUCAGCAAUCUUGUGGGCGGCAGCAAGGUCGUCCUUGCGACGCUGCACGGCGCCGGCGGGUUUCAGCUGCGCCAUGAGGAGUUCGAUGUGGUCAUCAUCGAUGAGGCGAGUCAGGCCCUCGAGGCGCAAUGUUGGGUGCCCCUCCUGGCCGCCAAAAAGGUAGUUUGCGCCGGUGAUCACCUCCAGCUGCCGCCGACCAUCAAGUCGACCAACUCCAAGGUCAAGGUGGAGCUCAAGGACGGCGCCAGGCCCAUCAAGGGCAUGACGCUCGAGACGACGCUCUUCGAUCGCCUCUUGGCCCUUCAUGGCCCGACCAUCAAGAGAAUGCUCACGACUCAGUACCGCAUGCAUGAGAACAUUAUGCGGUUUCCGUCUGACGAGUUAUACGAGUCAAAGCUCCUCGCCGCGGACGCCGUUAAGGCCCGUCUCCUGCGGGACCUAGAGUACGAGGUUGGGAACAACGAAGACACAAGCGAGCCCGUCAUCUUCAUCGACACCCAAGGUGGGGAUUUCCCGGAGAAGAACGAGGAGGAUGAUAAGGAUAACCCCAAUAAGGCAAGGGGGAGCUUGACUGGCGAGAGCAAAAGCAACGAGAUGGAGGCGCUGCUCGUCCGACAGCACGUGACGCAGCUGGUCGACGCAGGAGUCCGACCGGACGACAUCGCGGUGGUGACUCCUUACAACGCACAAGUAAGAGAUUCUAGGCGUACAUUGGGUCGUGGCGUGGGUGCUUGUGCUGACUUUCCGUCUCUCGCAACGGAAAGCUGGCACUGCUGGCGCCGCUCAAGGAGCGCUUCCCGGGCAUAGAACUCGGCAGUGUCGACGGCUUCCAAGGCCGAGAAAAGGAGGCAGUCAUAGUAAGCCUCGUGCGAAGCAAUGAUGCGGGGGAGGUUGGUUUCCUGGGAGAGAAGAGGCGGUUGAACGUGGCGAUGACACGCCCGAAGCGAUCACUUACCGUGAUAGGCGACUCGGAAACAGCAAAGAGGGGCAGCCAGUUCCUCAAGAAGUGGAUGGAAUUUCUAGAAGACAAGGCCGAUCUGCGGUAUCCGGACCUCUCAAAGGUCGACCAGACGGUGUGACGCAGACGCCGUGCGGCAGCCACCCUCUGGGCAGUGCCCAUCGGCCCUGGUCGUGCUGCAUGGCCGGGAGAGGAGGCUGGGUGAAGAAAGUACGGGUUGUGCAGCAAAAGCCAACCAUCGUGCUAAUGGUUUCCUGCAAAAGUUGCGCGUUUCAGGUAAUCAUGUUGGCCUGAAGGUGGGACUUGCUAUCCCUGCUUCUCAAUCAUGCUCACACGAUUGACAUGCUACUUCGAAGCGGCUUGGCAAAUCGUGCCGACGGGUUCUUUCUGAACUGAGCCAGACGCUACGGUCUACAUCUGUGAGGACGGUGGUGCCCCGUGCAUCUGUGACGUCGACGGGCAAUGAAUUACGUGUACGGCGCAGACAUCGAGUCCUGAGGCAGUUUGAUGCACUCCCAGUCAGCCGUUGCGCCAUUUAGCAAAACAAAUACAUCCGACAAGGCUCAUUUCCCCAUAUAUCAGGCGUGUCACAGAGUAACUAUAGUACGCUGUACUAGAGACUGCCUGCCUUGUGGGACGUCGAAUCAGCCGCGGGGGGCGCCUAGGGGCUGGGUUGUAAGAAGUUGUGCCUUGCAAGUGCAGUGAGUGAGGACUUUGAACAGGGUCUGCCGGGCUCUUCCGCACAUGAUUGAAAUCAGGUUUGGAGGACCGGGGAGAGCGUCACGGCUGUCCAAUGUGGCGGUUCAACUCCGCGCAUUAUUAUUCAAGCCAUGAACCCUGGAUGCUGGGCAGGGGGUCCAGAUCGAUA